CAUCACCGCAUCCUAUACACGCCCUAAAACCCACCAUGAAUAUCUCCGGCACAUUAAACAUCUUCCGCCUCUUGCGAGACCCCACUCUCUGCCUCCCCCAACACACAAUCCCAACAUUCAACCAGCUCCCCGUCCCCCUCAGCAAAGCCUUUCCACGCAAACAAGGCGAGAAAGAAGUCGACAUCCGCGCCGUAAUCCUAGACAAAGACAACUGCUUCGCCGUUCCUCACACAGAUGAGAUAUACGAACCCUACCAAGACCACUUCACCCGCCUCCGCGCUGCCUACCCCGGCCGCAAACUUCUCAUCGUCUCAAACACAGCAGGUACAUCCUCGGAUCCUCACGGCACACAGGCAACGCUGCUAGAACGCAACACGGGCGUCGUCGUGCUACGCCACUCGACCAAGAAGCCCGGGUGCAAAGACGAUGUCAUGGCGUAUUUUGCGGCGCAUCCUGAGACGGGAGUUACGCGGCCCGAGCACGUUGCGGUGGUGGGUGAUCGGUUGAGUACGGAUGUUAUGAUGGCGAAUUUGAUGGGGGGAUAUGGGGUUUGGGUUAGGGAUGGGGUGCAGGGGAGGGGAUUUUUUGCCAGGAUGGAGGAUAGGUUACAGAGCCUUUUGUUUGGGAGGGGGUAUUGUGCGCCUGAUCCGAGUAGGAAUCAGUUUGAGUAGUUUGAUGCAUGGUAAGGCAGACAGAGGGUGGUUUUUGAGUGGUUUUGUUGGAAGUUCUCUUUGGAAGCAGUCUCCUUGAAAGCGUUGCUAAGUUUUCAACAUGUGCAUUUUUUAAGGUUACUGUUACUGCAGUAUUUGAGGUGCGUACCUAGCCCAGGAAGGAGGGAAACAAAGUGCAUCGCAGGGGCUGUGAAGAUAACUGUAAUGAGGACGUAAGUAUAAAGGAGUAGACUUGGGUUCUGAAUUCACUGUAAGGUUGAAAGUGCGAAAAAGGCGGUCUGUUCAUGAUUGACGAUGCACAGCAG